AUGGUCGAAUCACUUCGAAAAUGGAAACACAACCUUGCUGUUCGGUAUUUUACCCUAGUCAUUGACCAGCUCUCUGUCUCCUUCAUGUUUGACAAUAACAAGAGUGGAAAUAUUAAGAAUGACAAGAUUCUGAGAUGGAGUAUAGCACUUUCUUCAUACAGCUUCAUACUUCGAUCUCCUGGGUGUAACAAUUUUGUUGCUGAUGCACUCUCUAGAUCUUGUUGCUCUAAGAAACUAUAUGAAUCUCUUUGUCACCCUGGAAUCACCAGAAUAAUGCCUGAUGGACGUGAAACCACUGUUGCUACAAGACAUCUUGCACCAAUGGCUGAUAUAAUCAGUGAUAAUGACGGAAGAUAUAAUCUCUUCACCUGA